UCCCCAUCCAUCUCUCAUAUUUGAUGGAAGCAACCAAACCAUACAUCAUUGCUUUCUCCACAUACAGUUGGAAAUAACGUCAAAUACAGUAAUAGAAUAAAAGUCCAAGGACAGGGGAAGCUGGAGAUAAGGAAACCUACAAGCUCCCAUCGUAUUAUAUUUGAUGAUGGCCUUUCCAAGUCUUCUCCUCCCGGUCAAGACUCUCGGUUCCGCCGUCCUCUUGUUAUCCCUUCUUCUUCACCUAUUCCUCCUCUCCGCCACCUCCGUCAGUGCCCAUGGAGACCACGACGAAGAUGGAGGAGGCGCCGCCGACACGGGCGAACACAACCUGCGCUCGAAGGGCCUGAUUCUGGUGAAGAUAUGGUGCCUCAUCAUCAUGCUCGUCACAACCUUCGCCGGCGGUGUCUCCCCCUAUUUUUUCCGGUGGAACGAGACCUUCAUCGUCCUCGGCACCCAGUUUGCCGGCGGGGUCUUCCUCGGGACCUCCCUCAUGCACUUCCUAAGCGACGCAAACGAGACCUUUGAGGACCUCACGCCUAAGGCCUACCCCUUCGCCUUCAUGUUGGCCUCUUCAGGGUAUCUCCUCACCAUGCUCGGGGACUGCGUGAUCAUGUACGUGGUGCGCAACAGCUCCCAGGAAGCCAAAGUUGAGGUAGCCGAAGAAGGAGGCGGGAGAUCCCAUCCGGGUAAUGGCGGAAGAGCGCCAGGGAUGGAUGCGAACCCGAUGUUCCUGCAAACAACCUCGUUCGGGGACACAAUACUCCUCAUCUUGGCUCUCUGCUUUCACUCGGUUUUCGAGGGCAUCGCCGUAGGAGUUGCUGAUACAAAGGAGGAUGCGUGGAGGAAUCUAUGGACAAUAUCACUGCACAAGAUAUUUGCCGCCGCGGCGAUGGGGAUAGCCCUGCUCCGGAUGCUGCCGAAGAGGCCGUUCCUCCUCACCGUGGCCUACUCCUUGGCCUUUGCUAUCUCUAGCCCGGUGGGGAUAGGGAUCGGGAUCGCAAUCGAUGCCACGACCCAGGGCCGUGUAGCCGACUGGAUCUACGCCAUUUCUAUGGGCCUCGCCUGCGGGGUCUUCAUAUACGUUGCCAUCAACCACCUCAUCGCUAAGGGGUUCAAGCCUGAGGAGAAGUGUUACUUCGACACCCCGUCUUACAAGUUCUGCGCUGUGCUUCUCGGAGUGGCGGUGAUUGCAGUUGUAAUGAUUUGGGAUUAAUUAGUUGUCUGGGAUAUGGUUUACAUAUAUUUUUUUAAAUGCAGGACAAGUGUGAUCUUAUACAUGAGAAUAUAAGUUGUAUAUAAUUCUGGAUCGAAUUAAGAGGUACCGAUAGAGAUCGAUGAACAUAUGUCAUAUAUAUGAAGAAUGAGAUUGUAAAACCAAUUAAUGUAAGAGGUCUUUGUAUAAUAAUCUUUGGAGCA